UCGGUCAAGUGUUAUGGCAACGUCUCUUGAGUCGAAGGACAACGCGUCAAACAGCUCCGGCUCGAGCCAGCGAAAAAAUUACCCAAGCGAAUGGACGGAUGAGAUGAAAGCGGCACUGGAGCUUAAGUCGGAAACACGAUGGAUGCCAUCCAAAACUAGCAUCUCUAGCAUCAGUUCCGAGCACUCUCCGUCAAUGUCUUCCCAAUCCGAAGAGCGAACGGAAGCAAGCGAAACACUUCAGAGCGAAGACCUGACGGGCAGCUGCUCACUGCAUUCGACAGACCAAUUAGCCAGCAGACGAAAGAGCAGCAUCAGCACCAUUGGCAGUGCCCAUUUGCCGCUGACGAACUCCCAGACGUCAUCUGAAUGCACCACAGAGAGCAGCUAUCAAACCACAUCGGCGGAUGACUCCACUCUGGAGUCCAGCGACUCCAGCAACAACGUUCAGACGAUCUACGCAUCAGCACCCAACAAUUUUCUACGUGAAAUGUAUGUGCCAGUCGACCCGAGAGCCGUAGCGUACCAGCUGGAACCAGUACGCUGGGAACUGCGCCCACUGCUGGCCCACGAGAUGGCGGUUCGAGGCAGUUAUGGAGAAGUCUUCUAUCUAAUCGGCUACCACUACAUGUGGUAGGACUGUGUGCGAGUCGAGUUUGCAAUAGACAUUCCAAAAUUCCCAAUGCCAA